CUCUCUCUAUCGCUACCACUACAGGGAAAAAUGGCGACGGGUGUACUGCGGCUGUCACUGCGGCUCUCCACCAGAAAUGCGGCGAUAAUGAGCCGCAACACCGGCUCGAAAACAUCUAACAUAUCAAAGAUGACUCAAAGCCGAAACGCAGUAUCAACAGCAUCGGGGGCAAUCCUACCGAAACCAGACAAAACGGCGUUUGGUCUUAUCCGCAUGACAGCAGUGGUGGUGCCUUUCCUGUAUGUGGGAACACUGAUCAGCAAGAACUUUGCUGCUCUCUUGGAGGAGCACGACAUCUUUGUACCUGAAGAUGAUGAUGAUGAUGACUAAGCUGACUUGAGAGGGGGAAAAAAAGUGUGCUUUGCAAUGCUCACAGGAACCAUAUCAGCCGGCACAAGGAAGAUGGAGAAGAUGGGACACUUUGACUUCCAAAUUCAUCCCUCUACCUCCACCCAUCUCCAUCCACUCUUUUCUGCUGUUUAUCUUGUUCUCACCAAAUCAAUUUUUAAGAAAUGUCAUAUCAUGUGAGGCUAUAUCAAAACUACGUGUCAUGCCUUCACUCUUGUUUGCAUGUUUGUGUCUUGUCAACUCAAUA